GUCUUGCGACUUGGGUUUGGAAUAAUUUUUGUCGUUAGCUCUCGAAUAAAGGACAUGAUACGUUAUGAGGACGUGGAAAAAGUACAAAGACUCCAAUGGUGGUCAAUAAAUGACAUUACAAAUGAUGUAUCAACCGUGACUGAUGCAAUAAUCGCUAGAACCGGUGAUAAACCUGUUCUCGUUGGACAUUCACUUGGAGGAGGAAUUGUUCAAAAUAAUCUAAAACAUAAUCAACAGAAAGUGGCGGGUGAACAGGCGCCUUCAAACACACUCGUAAAAUACUUUCAAAUAUGCCAAUUUUUGCUAUCCUUAAAGCGCUCUUUACCAUUAAAACAGUAUGUAUUAGUUGGAACUCCAGAAUUAAUGAAAAGGUUUUCCUUUUCUAAAGCAUUUCCUGAUUCUAUGGCUAUAGAUAUUCAUCCAAAGCUCGAUAAG